CUCAUCCCCCUCCGUUCCGUUUCCUGGCGGCGGCUGUUGCUGCUUGGCUAUAAAGCUUCCUCUAGUCGUCCUCUGCCUCGCGCCCCUGCGACCUCGACCCCGCCCCGCCGAACCCUAUGGCGCGCACCACCGUGGCGGGCGCGGCAGCAUAAUUGGCUCAUGGGCUAGCACUGUCCCAUCUGUUCCCCUCGCAUCACUCCCCCCUCCCUCACUCACCCACCCAGUGUCGAGCUGACUGGCUCUUCUCCCCCUCCUGAGUCGUGACCGAGGGGAGCAGGCGAGGAAGAGAGAUUGAUCUCCGGCGGUUCACGGCUUCACGCCGCCACAUUGAAGGGGCGCUUUGACCGGAACGAGUUAAGACGGGGCGCCGCUGGUGGAAGACGGAGAUCCGUCUCCGGCGGCGAGAUGGCAAGAUCCAAGCCCGCAUUCCAGGCGCUUUUGGUUUUCCUGACAAUAGUUGAGACACAAUGGUCCAGCGUAUCCGGCAUGUACUGCGCGGACAUGGCAUCGACUGUCUACCGUCCUCACAGCGUCACAAUAACCGAGUUUGGCGCUGUUGGGGAUGGCGUGACUCUCAACACCAAAGCAUUCCAGAAUGCCAUCUUCUACCUCAAUUCGUUUGCAGACAAGGGCGGCGCGCAGCUCUUUGUGCCUGCUGGAAGGUGGCUGACAGGAGGUUUUAAUUUGAUCAGCCAUCUCACUUUGUCAUUGGACAAGGACGCCGUAAUAAUCGGAUCUCCGCACUCGUCCGAUUGGCCUGUUAUAGACCCUCUUCCCUCCUAUGGGCGUGGUAGAGAGCUCCCCGGAGGAAGACACCAAAGCCUAAUUUUUGGGUCGAAUCUGACAGAUGUAAUAAUUACUGGUGCUAAUGGAACAAUUGAUGGUCAAGGGGCCUAUUGGUGGGAUUGGUUCCACAACCACACACUUAAUUAUACCAGGCCGCAUCUUGUUGAGUUGAUGUACUCCACCAGUGUUGUUAUAUCCAAUUUGACUUUCAAGAACUCUCCAUUUUGGAAUAUCCAUCCUGUAUAUUGCAGCCAGGUUAUUGUUGAGCACGUCACAAUCCUAGCACCAUUGGACUCACCAAACACCGACGGCAUUAAUCCAGAUUCCUCCACAAAUGUUUGCAUCAGUCACUGUUAUGUUAGAAACGGAGACGAUGUUAUUGUCAUUAAAAGUGGUUGGGAUGAGUACGGAAUUUCAUUUGCACAAUCUAGCUCCAAUAUCAGCAUCAGCAACAUCACAGGGGAGACAGGUGGCGGUGCGGGAAUUGCCAUCGGAAGUGAGAUGUCAGGUGGCAUAUCUGAAGUUCGGGCAGAAGGCCUCCGCAUUGUGAACUCGUUGCAUGGGAUCAGAAUCAAGACUGCUCCAGGACGCGGAGGAUAUGUAAGGAAUGUGUAUAUAGCUGAUGUGAGCAUGCACAAUGUCUCGAUGGCCAUCAGGAUCACUGGAAACUACGGCGAACACCCCGAUAGCAAGUAUGACAGAAAUGCUCUCCCCAUUAUAAGCAACAUUACAAUUGAGAACGUCGUUGGCAUUGAUGUUGGUGUUGCUGGCAUCUUGGAGGGUAUUGAGGGCGACAACUUCAGUAGCAUAUGCAUCUCCAAUGUCUCUCUCAGCGUACGAUCCAGAUAUCCAUGGAAUUGUUCACGUAUCCAAGGGUAUUCCAACUCCGUGACCCCAGAGUCGUGCGAGCAACUCAAAACAGAUUGUGAAGAGACACCAAUCUGCUACAACGGUGGCAGUUCUUUAGCCUUCCGUUCACGGGCAUCCAUACAUAAUAAGCCUAGUGGCAACAUAUUACUAAAUUCUUUACUGCAUAUGUUCUCGCUGUAAUGUAGGUAGGUAUAGAUGCUUGUUAUUUGUUGCAAAGGGGCUUUGCAUCAUGGGAUGCGUCCUAUUAGUCAUGUACAUCUCAUUUUUGCAUCAGUUUUGCUUAGAUUGCAGUUUCCUUCAUGUAUAUAGCUCUGAACCGAGCUUGUUCUGCUGCCAUCUUCGAUUUGUACUCUGUAUGUUGUUAGAGCCUUGUUGAAGCAUGAGAACAGAAGCAAGAUGUGUAUUUCA